UAUUUUUUUAUUGUUUUCAUUUUUGUUUUGUUGGGUUCUCCUAAAGUUCCCACCGGAUGAUGAGAUAAUGAUGUACCCACCACCACAGCAUAUGCUCCUCAAAACCAAACUGGAGAGAGAGAGAGAGACUUUUAAUCCCCAUUCUUAUUAUUGAUUCCAGUUGGAUUUGCAGUGAAACCAACUGGAUUGGGUUUCAUCCAUCUCAUUUUUCACAGUGGAAGAUGAUUACGAGAUUUUCUUGAAAAAAAGCUGCGAUCUUGAUGCUUCUCUUUCUCUUUCUUUGGUGGUGUAUGCUACAGAAAGCAGGGCUGUGAGGAAGGCUCUCUGAAUGUAGAAAAGAAAAUGGGCUUCUUUUUCUUCUGUUGUAUUAAUGAUUCCUCCACAGCAUACAAAAAUAACAUCUUUUGGUUUGGCGUGCUUGUCUUUCCUUCUUCCUCUUUGCUCUCCAAAACGGGUAAGGCUUUGAUGGGAUUUUGUUGUUCCAGUUUGUGAGCAUACUUGGUUGGUUACACGCUUCUGAAUUGACUAAUCGGAAUUGACUGAAUUUGAGGGGUCAAUUAAUAUCAUAUUGACUUUUGAUGAGCUUCUCUGCUGUGAAUGAGUUUGGUCUCAAGUUCUCAAGGCUAUAUCUGAAUAUGUGUAAUUGGGUUUUGGUGAAGAUGUCUAUGAACUGUAAAAGCCAUGGAAUGAAGGGAGGCUUCUCUUCCAAAUUCAGGCUCAAGAAGCCAAGAGAAUCCCAGCAUGGACCAAGUCCAAGGAGGAGGCAAUUCUUGUUUCUGUGGCUCUUUUUUGUUGCCAUUGGAUUCAUUUGCUUGUUGAUUAGUUCCUCUUAUGGGAGUUUGGGGAGGAAGAAGGUAGAGCCCCCCCCACACUUGGAUGGAGAUACCACCAACUUUUUGCUUCAACAUUUCAAUGUUAGCAGGGAAGAAAUUCAUGCUCUGGCUUCCUAUUUUCUUGAUACAGAUCAGAUCUCAUUGUUAAAAUGUAGCGGAAGUCCCAGAUAUGGAUCAAGCCUUAAAAACACUAUUACUUGUGUUCUCAAAGUGCUAACUUCAGAAAACCAAGUUUAUGAGAAAAAAUGCAAAUUGGGAGAGAAACUAGAGGCUUAUGGCCAGUGUCCUGUUUCAGAUGAGAACAUUUUUAGGAAUAUUGACUCUGUACUACAACAGACAUCAUCUUCAAUUUCAUCAGACCAUCAGUUUUGUGAAAAGGAAACAUUGAAAGUGAGAGCACUAGGGGAUCAGUGUAAGGAUAUAGCCUUCUGUUUCACCAAGAUAUUCUGGUGGAUCCUUCUUGGCAUUGCUGUGAGCUGGAAACUGCGGUGGUUACGUGCAGAAUCUGGUAGAAAUGAACAGCAGAAAUUAGUUUCGCAGCAAGAAUCUUCUCAGCAACCUCAGCUACUACAACACUUGCAACAACAGCAAGCCCAUGCUGCUUCUAGAGUUUCUCGAAAGUUGUGGGAAAAGCUUCUCGUUACUUUCGUAUUAUCUGGUGUGAUAGGAUCCAUUUGUUUAUUCUGGUACAUGAAUGAAGACAUCAUGUUCUGGAGGAAAGAAACACUGGCGAGCAUGUGUGAUGAACGGGCACGAAUGCUCCAGGAUCAAUUUAACGUCAGCAUGAACCAUGUUCAUGCCUUGGCUAUUCUUGUCUCCACCUUUCACCAUGGAAAGCAACCUUCGGCUAUAGAUCAGAAAACUUUUGAAGAAUACACUGAGAGAACAGCUUUCGAGAGGCCACUCACAAGCGGUGUUGCCUAUGCUCUAAGGGUUCUCCACUCAGAAAGAGAAAAUUUUGAGAGGCAACAUGGAUGGGCAAUUAAGAAAAUGGAAUCUGAGGAUCAAACUUUGGCCCAAGAAUAUAUGCCUGGGAAUUUGGAUCGUGCUCCUGAUAAAGAUGAAUAUGCGCCAGUCAUAUUUUCUCAACAAACUGUCUCCCAUAUUGUCUCGAUUGAUAUGAUGUCUGGAAAGGAAGACCGUGAAAACAUAUUGCGGGCAAGGGCAUCUGGGAAGGGAGUCUUGACAUCGCCUUUUAAGUUAUUGAAGUCCAAUAACUUGGGUGUAGUACUUACGUUUGCUGUAUAUAACACUCAUCUUGCUCCCGAUGCUACCCCAGAUCAACGUAUUAAUGCUACUGUCGGGUAUAUUGGUGCAUCAUACGAUGUCCCCUCGUUAGUCGAGAAGCUUCUUCACCAACUUGCGAGCAAACACACUAUUGUUGUAAAUGUUUAUGAUACAACGAACACGUAUUCUCCAAUUAAAAUGUACGGUACAGAUGAGACCGAGACAGAAUUAUUGCAUGUUAGCAACCUUGACUUUGGAGAUCCUGCUCGGAAGCAUGAGAUGCAUUGCAGGUUCAAGCAAAAACCUCCCCCGCCCUGGAUAGCAAUAGGAGCUUCGAUCGGUGUUCUUGUAAUCACCUUGCUUGUUGGUCAUAUAUUUCACGCUGCAAUAGCUCGGAUUGCCAAAUUUGAGCAUGAUUAUCAGAAGAUGAUGAAUCUCAAACAUCGUGCUGAGGCUGCAGAUAUUGCAAAAUCCCAGUUUCUUGCUACAGUUUCUCACGAAAUCAGGACCCCAAUGAAUGGUGUUUUAGGCAUGCUUCAGAUGCUCAUGGAUACAAAUCUCGAUGCUACACAACGGGACUUUGCCCAGACUGCUCAUGCUAGUGGGAAGGAUUUGAUAUCUUUGAUCAAUGAGGUAUUGGAUCAGGCUAAGAUUGAAUCGGGACAUCUUGAGUUGGAAGCUGUAUCUUUUGAUCUGCGAGCUGUUCUUGAUAAUGUCUUAUCACUUUCAUCUGGAAGAUCUCAUGAGAAAGGGAUUGAGUUGGCUGCUUAUGUCUCUGAUCAGGUCCCAGAAACGGUUGUUGGAGAUCCCGGAAGGUUCAGGCAAAUAAUCGUGAAUCUCGUUGGAAACUCAAUCAAGUUCACGAAAAACAAAGAGGGGCAUGUGUUUGUGACGGUGCAUUUAGCAGAUGAAGUGAGGUGCCCGGUUGAUGUGAAGGAUGAAGUCUUGACACAGAGCUUAUCCCUCGUUCGAGACCCGACGAACAGAUCUUUCAACACGUUGAGCGGGUUCCCGGUAGUUGACAGAUGGAGAAGUUGGCAGAAUUUCAAGAAGAUUAGCGGGGAAGAACGCGACAAGAUCAAGUUGUUAGUGAGUGUUGAAGAUACGGGCGUUGGAAUUUCUCUCGAAGCACAAGGCCGCAUUUUCACGCCUUUUAUGCAGGCUGAUAGUUCAACAUCUCGAACAUAUGGAGGGACGGGAAUAGGGCUGAGCAUCAGCAAGCAUUUGGUGGACCUUAUGGGCGGGGAGAUCGGAUUCUUCAGUGAGCCAGGCACCGGGAGUACCUUUUCUUUCACAGCCGCCUUUUCAAGAGACCAACGAGGUUCGGUAGAAGCCAAGUGGCAACAAUACGAUCCAGGCGUUCUAGACUUUCACGGGCUAAGGGCAUUGGUGAUAGAUGGCAAAAGAAUUCGAGCUGAAGUCACCAGAUACCACCUUCAAAGGCUGGGAUUAAACGUGGAGAUAACUUCCACGGUAGAUCAUGCAUGUUCAUAUCUAUCUACUUGUUCAAAGACAAGUGAACCCGAGCAUUUGGUCAUGAUUUUCAUUGAUAAAGACAACUGGGAUACGGAGAAUUCUUUAAAGGGUCUUAGGCCAUAUGGCUCAACGACUCUCAAUGGAGCCACGCCAAAACUGUUUCUGUUGGCAACAGAAAUGAGCUCGACAGAAUGCAAUCAGCUUAAAUCGGAUGGGCUAGUCGAUAACGUAUUAAUAAAGCCUAUUCGGUUGAGUGUCUUGGCGUCAUGCUUGCAAGAAGCUACUGGCUUUACGUAUAAGAGGCAAGUGACAAUGCCAAAACCCUCGACUCUUGGAAAUCUGCUGAAAGACAAACAAAUUUUGGUGGUGGACGAUAAUGUCGUAAAUCGAAGAGUGGCAGAAGGUGCCUUGAAGAAAUAUGGCGCGAUUGUGACCUGUGUCGAUGGCGGGAAGGCUGCUUUGGCUCUUCUUAAGCCACCUCACAACUUCGACGCUUGCUUUAUGGACCUCCAAAUGCCCGAAAUGGAUGGGUUCGAGGCUACUCGACAAAUCCGCAGGCUCGAGAACGAAUAUAGAGAAACAAUAAAUUGUGGCGAGAUAUUGGUUGACGUUCCUGGCAAACUGGCUCAUUGGCGUUUGCCAAUAUUAGCAAUGACGGCGGAUGUUAUUAGAGCAUCGAAUGAAGAGUGUAUGAGAUGCGGGAUGGAUGAUUAUGUGUCAAAACCAUUCGACGAAGGGCAGCUAUAUUCAGCAUUGGCGCGUUUCUUUGGAUCAGGAUGAUUAUGUAUCUAAACCAAAGGAGCUAGACUGUUCGAGCAUCUGACUUUUGACUUUGCUGUGGCUAUCGACUGCUUCAUAGCAUCGGUCAGACUACACUUGGCCUUUUGUCCCAUGUGGGGAUUGUUAAUGUCGGUGAUGUGCAUGUACUAUCUUGAAUGAACUCGUUUCCAGGAACGAAUGCUAACCCCCCGGG